CUCUCGCACGAGCUGCCAGUAGCGCUAUCAAAAGUGUAAAGCAUCCAAACUAUGACACUGGUUACGGGCAGUUGGCUGCUCGAUGCAGUCUUGCUGUUGGUACUCCUGCUGUACUGGUACAUGACGCGGAACUUCGGCUACUGGAAGAAGCUGGGAAUCCCCUACUGGAAGCCGACUCCCUUCGUCGGCAACGUGGGCAGCGUGCUGAUCGGACGGAAGCACUUGGGGGAGCCGGUGUUGGAGUGCUACCACAGGGCCGGUGACGCCCGCUUUAUGGGCAUGAUCGCCUUCGACAAACCGCUCUUAAUGGUGAAGGACCCAGAGCUCGUAGGGCGCGUCAUGUCCACAGACUUCUCCACCUUCUACGCCACCAACGCAAAAUUCGACCCUGUGUCUGACCCACUCUUCGCCAUGUCUCUCUUUGGCCAGCACGGUCCUGGGUGGAAGAAAUUACGUUCUGCGCUAAGUCCAGCUUUCACGUCUGGAAAAAUCAAACUCAUGUUUCACAUAGUAAACGAAGUUGGUCAGAACCUGGCUCGCCAUCUUGAAACCGAAGGCUCGAAAGGUGAUGCCGUGGAACUGAAAGACACCAUGGCUCGCUACACGACCGACGUGGUCUGCUCAAUCUUCAUGGGUGUCGACGCUGGAUCUCUGGAGGACCCCAACUCUACGGUGCGAGUUAAUUUACGGGAUCUCCGUCGAGAGGAUCUGGUGGGAAGAAUCAAAACAACAUUACUUUUCUUCGCUCCUAAACUGAUAUCAUUCCUCCACGUCCGGCUUGGCAGAAAGGAAUUAGAAGACUACUUUGUACAAAACAUAGGACAGCUCAUGGAUGACCGGAAGGAAAAGCGCAUCGUACGGAAUGAUGCGGUUGAUCUCCUCUUGAAAAUCAAGGAAAGUCAACUAUCUGGUGACGUGGACUCUAAGCAAGAGAUGGAAAACCAAAAAGCGGUGACAGAAGACAAAACACUCAAGCUGACGAAUGAACUCUUGGCCAGCCAGCUGAUGUCCUUCCUGGGUGCCGGCUUCGAAACCUCGUCCUCGACCCUUUCCUUCUGUCUGUACGAGCUGGCGCGUAACGUCGAGCUGCAGGAAGAGGUACGCCAGCACGUACGGCAGGUGCUGAGAAAGCACGGCGGUCAGCCGACGUACGAAGCCCUCAACGAGAUGACGGACCUCACCAACGUCGUCAACGAGGCACUGCGGAUGUACCCACCUGUCAGCUUCCUCGACCGCGAGGCCGCCCGCGACUACAAGAUCCCGGGCGCGGACAUCGUUCUCCCGAAGGGCACCGGUGUCGUUAUCUCAGUGCUUGGACUGCAUAAUGACCCACGGUACUGGAAGGAGCCCCAGAGGUUCAUGCCGGCUCGCUUCAGACAAGAAAACUCCAAGGACAGGCCGAGCUACACCUUCCUACCGUUCGGCGAGGGACCCAGGCUCUGCCUAGGUAUGAGGGUCGCGUACCUGCAGGUGAAGCUCGCCCUCAUCCACAUCCUCAACAACUUCGAGGUGCUGCCAACACCGGAGACGCCCAGCAGUCUGCGGUACGAACCUUCCAAGUUAAUUGGAACUCCAGCUGGAAAAGUGGCUCUGCGUUUCAGAAAAAUUCCUGUGUGCUGAGCGUCCUCCAUUGCCAGCAGGCAGAGAGUCGCCAUCACGUUUACAAUUUACAGAAAGAAAAGACAGUAACUGUAUUUACGGCGAUUGAUACGACUUA